GCAGCAGCAGGAAGUAAAGACACGUCCACAUCACAUCCGCGCGAGACACACAGCCACGGAGCAUCAGUUGUUAUUACUGCUCUCCUCCUGACCACUGCACUGCCUGUAGAUGCUAUCUGGGGCACCGAAAGGGGAGAACUGUCUUGUAGACAUGGACAGCAAGGCCGGAGAUCUGUUCACUGCUGAAGAUGCUCACACUACUGGCUCUGGUGGAGCUGGGAUCCUGGCAAAGCUGGGGCUCCCCAAAGGCUUCUCGGUCAACAUGGCCAAAGAGUGGGUGGACAGGCGGCGGGUGUCCAUCCGACCGUGGGCCAGUUUCGUCGACCAGCGCAAGUUUUCCAAACCCCGUAACUUUGGAGAGCUGUGCCAGAGGGUGGUGAAAAACGUCGAGACCUACAACAGCAACUACACCUUCAUCUUUUUGGGUCUCAUACUCUACUGCAUUAUCAGCUCACCCAUGCUCCUGAUUGCCUUGGCUGUGUUUGCUGGUGCUUUCUAUAUCAUCCACCUCAAGUCUCUGGAGUCCAAACUGGUCAUUCUUGGCAAAGAACUGACUGUUCCACAUCAAAUGAGCCUGGCCGGAGCCGUCUCGCUUCCUGUCUUCUGGCUGGCCGGAGCUGGAGCUGCAGUGUUUUGGGUUCUGGGAGCUACGCUGUUUGUGAUUGGCUCCCAUGCGGCUUUCCGUGAGCUGGAAGGAUCCGACAUGGAGGAGCUCCUGAUGGAGCCGGUGUGAAGAGCGGCUCUAACUCUGAGUGGCGGCUGGUUGAAAAUCACAAUCAGGAUCAUGUUACCCCACAGGGGUGGAGGAAGCGUGAUUUCAGAGUUCUUUACUCCUUGUAUUUUACUCUUAGCUUUGUGUGUAGAACGCACCACGUCUUGUCCCUGAAGUAAUUGUUCCGGAAUCCUCAGAACUGAUUCAUGCACAAACAAGCUUGUAUCACAGUAUCGCGGUGUGCUUGCCUCUGCUUGUCAUUUAAACCAUGGAUGCCUCUGCUUUGUGUCAAACUGCAUUUUACUGCACUGCUCUGUGUACAGUGUCAAAUCUCAGUUCAGUAAUCUCCAAACAGAUCAUCCGUACGCUUUUAUCUGCUGUAGAUAUCUUGGAAAAUAGAUUCUUUUUGGAAAUUUGCAUUUCUUCUCGUAAAUAAUGCAGACACUGUUCAAAUCUAUGCUUUUGAUGUGGGUAAAGAUUUUCUAAAGAGAAAGUGCCAUUCAAAGCUUUAAUAAUGAAAUAUUGACUUCUUUUCUCAAGAAAUAGCUAAACCAGUGUUGUGGUUGAGAUAGGGUUGUUAGUGUAGAUAUGUGGUGAACAGGUCACAGAAGGUCAGCCAGUCUUGAGCGUAAUACCGUACUGAUUCUGUGUAUGCUUAUUUUUCAGCGCUGCUUGCCGAUGUUGUAUCUGAAGGCCGUAUUUUCUUCAGUGAUUCUUUUUCUUUUUGUUUACAUUUUAAGGUAUGGAGGGAUUUUGUAUGAAAAUUCUGAAAGUGCAAUAAAUCCAUGAUCUAAAGCUG